AUGGAACCACCCACUAAAAGACCGCGACUCUCAAUCGCCCCAGACACACCCAAGGAUCCCUACCUCUACCAUUCCCCAUCCCCAGACCCAACAACCGCUGAAGAAACUAAUGACGAGCUCGAGCACGAGCACGAGCACGAGCACGAGCACGACCACGGCCAAGUCGACAUCCAUGCCGCGCGCGCACAAAAUGACCAACGCCUGAAAACCAUCUUCGAGAGCAUCUUCGAGAAAUAUAGCAGGGAUUUUACAGAGAUCGGCGAUGAGAUUGAUCUACAGACUGGGGAGGUUAUUGUGGAUAAUGGGCAUUUGUUGGGGAUGGAGGGAGAGGAUGAUACUGGGGAUGCAGGUCUUGAGUUAGGCGCGGAGUGUGGACAUGAUGUUGAAGAUGGGCAGGAUAGCGACGAUGACGAAAGGUCAGGGACUGAGACUGGGACUGAGCAGGGAGGGGAUUAUAAUCGUGGGAUAUGGUCUUUUACGAGGUCGCAGACUGAGCUGAGGGAACGGAUGAAUGAUAAUGCAUGGGGAUGGCAAGGAGACGUCGACGACGCGGAUGGCGAUGAUAACGAGAAUGACUAUGAUGAUGAUCACGACGAUCGUUCAAGUGUUGAUUCGCUGCUUGAUACUGCUAUGAGUGUUGACGAUCCUACCGCCAAAGAACCAGUCGAUGAAGAAUCUCACCCUCUACAUCGCAUCCAUAACGCGAAUAACGACACACGCGAACCAAUCGAAUCGAUAUGGCGUGUUCCUGAAAUCGCCCCGAAGAUCUCGUUCUCGACUCCCCAACCGCCUCCCAGCAACAACAAACCUACCAUUAACUAUAAUUCUCCCCGUUCAAUAUCACCACCAGGGGUACGCUCACUGUGGGCUGUUCCACAGCCCGGAAGACCCAGGAAAGCCAACACCGACACCCCGAAGGAAAAGAAACCGAAAAAGGACAUGGAUGUGAAACCGAAAACGAAAACUAGUCCGAAGAAGACUACAACCCCCAGCACGAGCAAACCGAAACAGUUCUACAGUCCUGCGAAGAAGGGCGACUGGUCAUUUGCAAUCCAUAGCCAGGGAAGUGAUUCGGAAUCGGACGACCCGUUACAGGAGGAUUAUCAGCCAUCGCCUACACCGAAGAAUCCGUUGAACAUUAGAGGCAAGAAACGGGAUAAGUUAUCCGCACUGAAGGAUAGGGGUGGUCUGUCUUGGAGUGCUGUCCAGAACGAGUUUCCCAGGAGGUCGCAUGCGGGGAUCCAGUUUGGGUUACUGAGGCUCUGGGUGGGGGAGGAGAUCCCAAAUGAGACUGGGAAAGAUCAGGGUGGAGAGUCGGGACGGGAUCGGCUGGGUGAUCUGUUGGAAGGUUCGCAGUAG